AUGCGGCCAACGGGCCGGGCUAUAGGCUAGUUCCAAACAUGGCCUAAUCCCUUGUGUUUUUUUUUGGGAUCGUUAUUCGUUAACCUGCCUAGUCCCUUGAUUUUCUGUUUGUUUCUUUUAUUGCCCAUUUUAAUUAGCUAGUUCCACUUCCUAUCAAAUAAUUAUAAUAAUAAAAAAAUUUAAAUCGGGGAAGACCGACGGGAAAAUUGAAUCGGCAAUUCGGCAUUGGUACGCAGGGAGAGUUGCCGCCUCUCCCCGGCGUGUUGGGCACCGCGCUUUGUGUCUCCUUAUAUCUCUUCUGUGGAUUCUUGAGUACUCUACUCACUCUCGGGUUAAGGAGAGGAAGAGACACCAUCUGGGCGAAGAUGGCCGCUUCGCUUCCACUGCCGCUAUGUGCCCUUCUUCUUCUCUGGUCUUCCAUCAUCGUCCUAUCUCAUGCAGCAGCCUACGAAAUGACCACAUUGGAAGGUGUUGAUCUAGGAAACCCAAGACGGAUCCAUUUUAGCUCUCAGUAUGGACAUUCACCUGGCCGCGAUCCAAAAGAAGCAUUGUUCUGUGAACGAGUUGAAAUUUCUGGUCAAUCAAGACUGAAACUUGCUAGCUAUUCUAGCGCUCUCAGAGUUACACUGGUACCUUUUCCUGUUAUUCCCGAAAGACUUCAUCGAAGGAUUCAUGUUUGCUUCCACCGGAAUGCUUCACUUGGACAGUGUGAUUGUGAGAAAGAAGAGUGGAAAACUGUUCAAAAUGGCCAAUGGAGUUCAGUCAUGUCUCCUUAUCAGGAGAGAUAUAUUGAUGUGAAGACCACUGGAGGAAUAUCUGGUGGCGGUAUCACUGUCCAGCUUAAAGAAGAACCACAACGGUGGCGCCUCUUGUGUCUGGCAGCGGGAUUCAUAUUGCUACUGUUUGCACCAAUUGUCAGCAGCUGGGUUCCGUUCUAUUAUAGCACUUCAAUGGCUAUUGGCAUUUUUCUUGUCAUCAUCAUUCUUCUAUUUCAGGGUAUGAAAUUACUGCCGACUGGAAGGAAAAAUGUCCUCUAUCUGUCAAUAUAUGGCUCAGUGCUUGGGGUUGGCACCUUCAUUUUGCACCACGUAUCUGAGCUCAUCAAUUCUAUUCUUCUUAAUUUUGGGCUUGAUGAGGAGAUGCACAAUCCGGUCUACAUAUUUGUAUUAGUAGGCAUUGUGCUUGCCGGAGCAGGAUUAGGGUAUUGGAUGGUUAGAAAGUUUGUUGUUGCAAAAGACGGAAGUGUGGACCGUGGUGUAGCAGAGUUUGUUAAAUGGGCUAUUCGGGCGAUUGCAACCACCUUUAUCUUCCAGAGCACACCUGAUCCACCAUUAGCAUUGCUUGCUGUGGUCUUAUCGUACACCAUAUGCUCCCUUAUCAUAAAGUGGACGAGGCAACCUAGGUACAAGUCAUGGAGGGCUGCAGGAAAGCAGGGCCGGGCUGAAUUCUACGGCAGAUCAGCCACAACAGCUAAAAUGAGUCCUGGAGGGAGAAUGCCAGGUGCUUGGAUGAACUCCCCAGUCAAAGGUUUGGUGAAAUCAUCAUCUGCUGCUCCUGUGCGGCAUGACAGCACUGUGAUGGACCAGGAUUAUUACUCGACCUUCCAUAAAACAGCAAAGAGGAAGAAGUUCACCAAGGAAGAAUGGGAUGAGUUCACACGGGAGUCAACGAAGGAAGCAAUGAGAGAAUGGGCAUCAUCUCCUGAAGUGGCCAGUUGGCUGAUCAACAAUGCUGACCGGAUUCAACUCCUUCCAAGCGAUUGCAGUUCAGACGAAGAUGCAUCUGGCACUGACAGUGAGACAGACUCGACCGAGGAGAAUGCAUCUAGUAUCCAAGGUGGUAAUGGGCUUAGCUGUUUAUUCAGCUGGUGAGGAAAAGAGAAGAAAUGAGGCUGGAUCAUGGAGACACUAUUUUUGGUUCUUUCUGUGGCAGAUUGCUGAUCUGAAAAGAAAUCCAAAACACAGGUGAGUGGGUUCUUCAUGUUUUCGUCCACCCUUUACACUCCAGAGUAAUCCUUUCUGAUGGUGGAUGAGGGGAACAGAGAAAGAAAAAGAGCUUUGAGCUGAUUUCUUGUGGAGAAGCGUUAACUUGGAAUAGGAAUAGAUUGUUUGUAGGUAACUGCUUUUUCCUUGUGCAUAGUAUGGUGUCAUUUGUACUUGAAUCUUGAUGGAGAAAAUUCAGUGCUCUCCCUGAGCCUGUAUGAAUUGUGAUAGAGUUGAGUGUAAUUGACGGGAUGAAAUUGAAUGCAUAGUUUUCUGUUGAUAUUUUGAUGAAUUUGUGUGCAUGGUUAAAAUGGUUUGUCAAUUUUGGCUCUAUAUUUUGAAUUGACAGACGUGGCACAUUUGAUGGCAGAAUAUAUCCCUACGUCUCCC